AUGAAACUUGUAAUCGCUUGUGUGGCGGUGCUGUUCCUAGCCUCAGCACUAGCUAAGCCGGGGAAAAAGAAGAAGCCGAGCAUAGCUGAUAGCUUCAUAGAGGCUGGUUUCGUAGAACUUCUCAACAUAUCGGCACCAACAACCAUGCUUCAAGUUACAUUCAACGACGGCGAAAUUGAAAUGAACAUGGGAAAUUACAUACGUCCAGAUUUAGCAGUAGACCCGGAGAUAGGCGGUUGCGAAGAGGAGUCCGAGCGUUACAUGACAUUUAUGUAUGGCGAUGCUAACUACGAUAACGCUGAUCCUGAAGAAAACCCAGAAUGUAUAAGGACCUUGCUACUGGGAUUAAAGGUCAAUGUGAAAGACUUAUGCGACCCAGAAUCUGGUGAUGUAUUAGCGAAGACCAUAUCCCACAGUCCACGACCUGGGUCCGGCGAGCACGCUUACUUUAUCUAUGUCCUUGAGCAAAAGGAAUGGAUAGAUGCCUCAUGCCUGAACUACGAAGAAAAACGGAUCAACUUCCCGGUCGCAAAUUUCGUGGCAGAGAACAACCUCUGUGAUCCUGAAGCCGGCAAUUACUACCUGACUUCCUACCCUGACGUAGAAGAAGUUUGUGAGGAAAUUUGCGAGGAACAAAAUCAAGAGAAUCAAUACUACAAAUACAAAUCAAAAAGAAAUUGA